AGCAAAACGAACAACAUCACAAUUGACAACAUGGCGAUGUCCUCGCGCGUGGUAUGCAUGUGCCGUUUGACAGGCCGAUCUUUAGGGACUGUACUCAGUCACAGCCGUGCUAAAGACCUCACAGCCCGGAGAUGGUACAUUACCGCCAGUGCGGGUAACGAGCUACAGUUUAAGCUUGAUGAGCGGACAGCCCAUAGCAGUCUGGACCUUUUUAAGAAGGACACAGGUGUGAUUUAUCGAAUGCUAGGCCUGGACCCCUCCCUUGUGCAGGACACCCCUCUCAGGUUCCGGGACUGGGCUGUGGUUCUUGCAGACACCCAGAUUGACUCUGGACGGCACUACUGGGAGGUCACAGUUGAGAAGUCCCAUGAGUUUCGGGUGGGAGUGGCUGAGGUGUCGACAUCCCGCGAUGAAUGCGUAGGCACAAAUUCCACUUCCUGGGUGUUUGCUUUUGUCCAGAGGAAGUGGUUUGCUAUGACCACCGGUAAGCAGGUCCCAGUGCCGCUGGUGGGGAAACCCGAUCGGGUCGGGCUCUUACUGGACUAUGAAGCUGGACGGCUCAGUCUUGUGGACACUCAGAAAGCUGAAGUGGUACACACUAUAAAAACACAGUUCCGCUCCCCCAUCUCUCCUGCAUUUGCACUCUGGGAUGGGGAGCUACUAACACACUCGGGACUUGAGAUCCCAACAGGGCUUCAGUGACACACACUUGCUCAUUCACACAUGGAUGAUACAUGCCUCUUGAUGGAUAGAGAGGGUGGAGUAAGGGCCGUAUGGAAACACUAAGAAAGCCAGUGGGAUGGGAACAGCCCUUUAGAGCCCUUUUUCAUUACUGUUCUAAACUAUUUGAACUAAGCUGUGUUAUUUACCAAGAUCUGUCUGAUUGUUCCUCUGGUGAAAACAUCCAACAUUACUGAUUGUGAUAAUGCAGAUGAACUUAUGUAUCUGUACAAACACAAAUAAGAAUACUUGAUACUCUUAAGUUUAUUUGUCAUUUCUCAUCGGUGCUCUAGUAUAGUCUGUUGGAUUCAGCUAUAUGAGAGAUGUUUUUCAAUAAAAAGACACUCUUUACCAGUGAUAAACCUUUA